CGAUGUGGCAGACUGCGCUAGUUUCGUCCCUUUUGCAGCGAGCUUUUUUUCCCCCAGCAGUGCUACUAUUUUAACGGAUUCCACGCCGGACUCUGACAACACAACAUGUGGCAAGUGCUAGACACAACAAUGCGUCAGGGAAACGAAAGCUCUCUCCCGAUGGAGAUGUGCUCCAACUUCGACGCCGACGAAAUAAAAAGGCUCGGCAAGAGGUUCAAGAAGCUAGACCUUGACAAUUCCGGAUCCCUGAGCAUCGACGAAUUCAUGUCCCUCCCAGAGCUCCAGCAAAACCCCCUAGUACAGCGUGUAAUAGACAUAUUUGACACAGACGGCAAUGGGGAAGUAGAUUUCAAAGAAUUUAUCCAAGGAGUGUCGCAAUUUAGCGUUAAAGGCGACAAGGAGUCAAAGCUGAGAUUUGCCUUCCGGAUUUACGACAUGGAUAACGACGGCUUCAUCUCCAAUGGGGAGCUGUUCCAGGUGCUCAAGAUGAUGGUCGGCAACAACCUCAAGGAGGCCCAGCUGCAGCAGAUCGUCGACAAGACCAUCCUGUUUGCCGACCGUGACGAGGACGGCAAGAUCUCCUUCGACGAGUUCUGUUCGGUUGUUGGCAACACAGAUAUCCACAAGAAGAUGGUGGUGGACGUUUGAUGGCCCGUCGCGAAGGCGUGCCCGUAUCUCGACGACUUGAUUUUAUCGCGGCCCGUUUUCCCCUUCCGGAACACUUCAAACGUGUGCUCCCUUGUUUCCUGCCGUUAUCUCUGCUCCAGUCGAAGAGGAAAGCCGAUGAUGAUAAGCAGCGGCAGGUCCGCGACCCGCAGCCGCGUGUGACACGGAAUGCAGACGCGAAGCGACCCGGAGUUUCCGGCGCACGCACGCCGCUGGGCGGAAACUUGGCGCUGCUUUCGCCGCGUUGCGACAAGCCUUGUAGUCGGCCUGCGCUGAUUUCAUUGCGUGGCGGCCACGUUGGUGAACGGUGAUUGCCCUCCCACUUUGCCCGCUUAUCUCGAAGAUCGUGGCAAAAGAGAUAAAAGGGAGUUGCGCCGGCUUAACCGCCUGCCAUGACGUCAUGUGCAAGCCAUCCGAGAUGGAGAUGCGGAGGGAUUUUACCCUUAAAAUGCUGUGUCGCACGAUGUCGUCGUUCUAGCUCCGCAGCUCGCUUCACUUGUGACAAAUCAAAACGCUGGGUCCUGGCUGACUGUAGUACGCUUGCGUUAAAGUCGAGUUCGAUUUAACUGAGAGCUGUGUGCUGGUAGGCCUGUACAAUAGAAAUCGCUUUGUACUGUGAUGUGCCGUAGGUUUUUUUUUUAAAACAGCAAUGUCGCUCGCCAGUUACCGUUUUGCCUGUGGUCUAGAUGGCUCAUGAACCAGAACUCGCCAGUUGUGCAUCCUGUGAAACCUCUAAAAAUAAGUUAACUGGCCAAAUUCAAAUGUCUGCAAGCUGCCACGUCACCUGUGGCGUGAGAUGUGAAAUCUAUAUGAUGCCAGAGAUGUGCCUCACCGUUGCAGUUUUUCUGUCUUGUUCAUAGGGGGUGCAUAUGUCGGCUAGUUCGUAACUGACCAUACUUUAAUGCAUUGCGUUUCACAGUUGAUGGUGGCAGGGUUUGCAAACUCAGAUGUGAACUGCAACGUAGUGAGCAGGAGGUGCAGUCUGCGCUGUUUGUAAGCUGUGGAAAUGUGUCGGCCACGGCACAUGGACAGCUACACGGAAAUUGAUACCAAGGCAUCGAAGAGAAGCACAAGGGGCGUCACCUCAUCAGUGUGCAAGAAUUCGCAUGAUCGGCCGAUAGCAGCGCCAAAAUCCAGCCGCGUGCGUCAACUCCGCGCGUCUUAUCUGGUUUGAUGCACGCUUAGAUAUAUGCAUAUAUAUUCUGAAUAUCGCAUCGAUAAGGAAUUCAGGUAUAAACGGCUCUUCCUGGCCAACUGCUGGUUCGUUAGUGCUCAGAUUUCGCAUAGGUGGGGCAUUUCAAGGUGAAAUUUAGUUAGUACCAUGUUUGAUGUAUAUAUCUGCUUCAUCUUGGAUGAUUGCCAAGUGUGCAGUACACUUACAGCAAUGCCAGACAGUAAAAAUUUUUUCUCUGUAAAAGGGACAACAGCGCCAACUCUUCCAAAAAAGUGAAAUGACUGGUGCGGAGUGGAUGGUAUGAAAAAUGCUUUUUGCUUUAAUUGCAAAAGAUGAUGCCGCUGUUUCCUCAGCCUUAAGCAGACAGCGUGCAUUUUGGACCAUUCCCCAUGAAAUAGGAAAGUACUUUGUUCAAACUUGCUAUGUAAUUAAACUGACUGGAGUGCCAGCUAUGUGCAAAAUUAGAGCACUAGUAAGCUAUCGCUUCAGCUAGAGUGGCAAUUCAUACUGGGUUCCCUUAUCAGCGCGACAUUCAGCUGUAUUCAACAACAUUCAACAUUCAGCCUUGGCUCCCCUUCCUCUCUCGUAGAGGCACAACCUUCCAAGUUUCUUCACGCAUCAAGCUGGCGUCGGGUCUUGGCACAUCCUCAUGUAGCUCGUGGGUUUAGAUCUUUGGCAGCCAAUUUCUCUUUCAGUAUUAGCAUAGUUAGUGGCAGGCUAUCCAUAUUGAAAAGUUACAGUGCAGAAGAAAGACUGAUAAGCAUGACAUUUACAAACCAAAAAAACACAAUGCAGACGACAUGAACAAGCGGAGCAGAAACUGGCAACUUGUUCGUCUGCUCUUCACUUUCGUCUUUUGUUCAUGUCAUCUGCAUUUUUUUUCUCUCUCUCUCUGUAUUACAUCAUUUGAGGUUACAGUACAUACCCUUCGGGUAUCCCAUACAAGCUAUCUGUUUUUGAAGCUCAUGCAUUAUUUCAUGCAAGAAGCUGCCUCACUGCAGGUAUCACUGAGCAGACCGUGGCUGCACCAUGCGACCUGACGCCUGCUUGAUGUUCCACAAGAUAGUUCGUGUGGUGGGCGAUUAACUUGCGCUUCUUUUUUUUUUUUUUUUUUAUUUGGCAAUGCCACUUCAAUCAGGUGGGCACCAAGCCCAGCUAGCCAGCCAGCCAUUUUUUUUUUUUAUAUAUCUCACUGGUAGCACCCCCUCGUGUCUUGGGCUGGGAGUUCACCAGCCAAUGCGUGUGUUCACACUUGUACGAUCGUUUAUAGCGCGGUCGCAUUGAUGCUAGAGGGAGCGACGUAACGUGGAACUCUAGUCGGCAUGUGGCUCUCACUCCUGUGCUGCAAUAUUACUUUAGUUUUUCUGUCCUCCCCUCCCCUUGCCCUGUAAGCCUUCUUUGUGAAACCUUGUCUGGAGAGUUGCCUCUUCAACAAUGUCAGAUUAAUAUGCAGUUUUCUUUAUCUUCAUGUGCCAUGGGCGCCGCUAGAGCUUUUGUUUUAGGAUCAGCAACCAAUGUCUGAUCGCUGCUACUUUCCAUAUGCGAGUUACUGGGCUAAUUGAUAACCGUUGGCCAUCCACAACCUGGUUGGUCGGGCUGUCUCAACUAUCAAAGGGGCUCGACCUAUGUACCAGGUUAAUGCCUUUGCUUGGGCAUUAAGUGAUCCUUAUACGAAUCUGUAGCCUUCAGUGUGUUUAAAUGUUGGCAGAGGGCAAAGCUUUUUCACUGUGCGUCCACAAUGAAGUUACAUUUCUGGUUUGUUGGACAGUCGCAACAAACUUUGUGGUAAUCCCGCUUUUUGCGGGAACUUGGGAAGGACACAGUAUGUGCACAUGUUGUAUGAGUAGGGUUGAAACCUCGCUACAAUGAAAUGAGGGGCAUAUAGCAGAUGCAAAUUUGUCUCGACACCCAACCUGUGUCCACUUCAUUCGUCCUACACCUUGUGGAUUAGUUUACAGCUUUUCAAUGUCAGUUCUUGCUUGUGCGUGAGCUUCAGCAUGGAUUCUUGCACUACAUCCUUCUGUAAGUGCUGAACCUUAAAGGGUGAAGAUUGUACGCCAAAGGGUGCUCUGCAUUCGGAGCACAAGGUGGCAGGUUCAAUCACCAGUGAUAUGUGCACUUCAGUAAAGGUGAAAUACACCUGCAUACUUAAACUGUAGAUGCUGCAUGUUAAAGAACCGCAGGUGGCAAACCUUGAUUCUGAGCCUUUCUGUAGACCGAGAAUUCGCAGCACUUCUAGGGAGCAGCCAUCAUUUGCCAGGGACUGCGGAAACUGGUGGAAAGAACACCUGCGAUAACGCUGAGCCUGUUGUUCUGCUGGUGUUUGCUUGCCAUGGCUUUGUCAUCAGCUACAUCGUCAUCAAGUUGGCAACCCAGUACGAGUGCAGGUAGCUGGCGAUUGGGGCCAUGAUUAAGUGUGCCUGCACUAAACAGAUGUGCAAAAAUAACAGAUUCUGGUCUAUACAGCAUCAAUGCUCUAUCGUGUGCUUGGCUUUGGGUGCACGUUACACAACUCCAGGUGAUCAAAAUUAACCCAGAGCCACCCCACCACAGCUCCCUAUUUAGCCCAUUUGUUGCUACGGGACAUUGAACCCUAUAAUUUUAUCAUAGCUAUAUGUUUACGACAACUGACCGCAUCAUUUUAUACUGGAAAACAGGGUGACAUUACAUUGUUAAAAAAAUUACAGAACACAAACCAAAUAAUGUAGUUGCGGCCACAAACUUCCUUUAGUUGCAGGCGCACGGCUACCACUUUGGGGGUAAAAGUGUCCUUGUCUCCGUAGAUAUGCUGCUUGUAACAACACAGCCACUGCUGCUUUAUCUCAUCUUCAUUGCAGCGAGGUUUUCACAUUAUAGAAAUCCGAUUGAGCUUUGUGGUUGGUCGUGGAACGCCACAGAAAUGUCUCCAAAGGCUUAGCUUCAUGGACUAAUGCUUGUGCUGGCGAUCUCAUAUUUGCCAAUGAAGCCUUCUUGCAUCGUCUCUCGCGAGUGCAUGCUUAUAUAUUGUCAGCAUGUUAGUGCGCCUCAGGGGCUGUUCUGAGGCAUGUUUUGUACAUGUCACUUCAUAGCUUCACUCAAAACUAAGAUGGUGCGCAGGGUUUGUCCUGCAUUUGACAUCUUUCUGCGCAUAUCACAAUAUAUAUUUUUUUCUUCUUUCAAUCAUUGCUGAAUAAGUUUAGAUUGUUAGAUCACUAUGUCAGCUCUUCAUUUUCCCACCGAAAUACAAGUGCUCGCUAAAUAAUGGAUAAAAUUAUGGUUAGGCUUGCUGCAGUUGCUCAGUGGACACGGCGUUCUGGUGUAAAGCACGAGGUCGCUGGUUUGAUUCCCGGCGUCUCCUAACCCACGUGUUUUGGGAUGUUCAAUUUAUGUUUAAAGUGUUCUCCUAAAUCACUGCCAUAGUGAGGUCAUUGCGACUUUGCGGAUUUCUCGGUAUUCUUGCAUAUUCAGCUUCUGUUUACGCGGCUUGACUCCCGAAACUGGCCAGGUUGAGUUUUUUAUUUUUGAAGCACGUGAUCCUUUCUUAUUUAAGUAAAGAGUUAAGCAGCCCGAGGCAGGCAUUGUCAGAAUUUUAUUGCGUCACGAGUAUCUGGUGCGAAAAACUUCACAGUGGUGUCGCCAGUAGUCUUCUGUCAUUGCAUUGUACGUGGCACAUCAAGCCCCCUGUGACAGUAAGACUGGCCUAUUUGUAAUUUGUAGGCACUUAAACGUACCUAAGAAAUGUGCGUGAAUGUCAGUUUGUGAAUUACUUAAUUGUAAUUCUUAGUGGUAGCUUGUCAGUAUUAUUCAUUGAUUACGAUUGUCAAGUAAUCAAUGAUUUCUCUAAUGCUGAAAUAACUUCCGCCUGGCUAUGCUUUUAUGCUUUGUGCAGCCAAUUCCUGGCUUUGACGCAUAAGAUAUGGCGGCGCCCAUGGUAUGUGCAGAGUCAUCUGCCAAACUCCAGUGAUGUUAUAGUCCCGGAAGGAGUCAGUUUCCUUGGCCCAUGCAGUUUCAUGCAAAGAAAACUAGGCGACUAUCUGGCGCUCGAAGUGCUUCGGCGCUGUUGAAGCCAAUGCGUUACAAGACAAGAAAAAUAAAGCACUACCACCGCCUGGCUCAUUCCAGACAUUUCGGUCCAGCGGCUGUGAUACUACCAACGGUGUGCAUGCGCCUGUUGAGCGGCCGCAUAGUAAACUACAAUGGACAUUGGCGCCAGAUAUUUCCCCUGGCGGCCUUGUUAUGAAGCUCGGGGGUUCAGGGUCUCGCUAUUCCUGUCAUUUUUUUUUAAUUGUUUCUGCUUAUCGACACACUUUCACCUUACCUAAUCCCCCCCCUUUUCUCACUGCUCCGUCUCUUGCCAGCCACAUAUUUUAUUUUGUCUCAAGAUUCUGUGUCGUACACGUCAGCCAUCCAUAAAGGGUGUAUUCAUACUUGCAGUUAGUCGCUGAGCCGUGUCCGCUUUAUUUGCUUUAUGCACAUUGUUGCGGCACCUUGCCACAGAAACGGAGGAAAAAAAAACAAACAGUAGUUUUCGUUGUUGUUUAGCGAACACUCCGCUAUUGCGAAAUAAAUGCGCCCGUAUUCGCCCACAGGGCGGUCACGUAAUUGCACACCACCCAACGUAUCAGAGUGCUUUUUUCACGAGCCUGUGCUUCGAUUGCGAUUGGCUGUGUCAUGUGGUUUUGCUGCGCGGUAUAGCGAUGCAUCGGGGUGGAGCGUACACUCAGAUUUCCUUACUUGUUCAUGAGUUCACGUGUUCCAGAUAGCACAGAUGACGUCAUUGCCUCUCGGUCUCGCGUCUGAACUGUCACGCCAAUGCCUUGAUGCGUGUAAGCAGCGCAGACAACAAGGUCCUUCAAGGAGCGGUAUUUGGCAAUGUUCUGUUUUCUUUUUCAUUCUUCAAUUUCAUUUUUCUUCGCCUGAAUUUCGUGCGACAGAAAAUAGAGCUGGCAGGGACAGAAAGCUAAUCGUAAUACAGCCUGACAUGGUCCUUUAUUCGGUUCCUAUGCCCUUUCAUCAUUCGCCCUGCCGUUAAUUGUCGUCGGGAUCGUCCACUCGGUGCGACAAAUAACGAAAACCGAAUUGUAUCGUUACAAGCUGUGGCCCUUGGUGUUAUUUUUUGCUUGUCUCCUUAUUAUUGGAAAGAUGCACCCUUUUUUUUUGCGAUAGCAAUUAUAUGGACACUUCAAGCGUUUUUUUUUUUUUUUCGCUUUGCUUCUACUCUUCCGCUGGUGAUGAAGAGAUUGGACUGUUUCUCCUGCAGACACCGUUGAGUAACACCCCCUUGCAAGUGUGAAUACACCCUGAAAGGAGUGUCCCGUGUUUCCCUGCUUUGAAGGGCGCGCGGUGCAGCGGCCUUUCGCGGUCUCGCUUCGCCACUACCGUAGAGCACGCAAAAAUGUUGCUCUGAAUAGGACAAGUUGUAUUUGUUUUAAUUUACUGUUUUUUUUUUUCUUUCAUCGCUACAGCGCGGUUUGACGCGACGUAUAUACGAGGCGUUUUGAUGUGUGUGUGCGUGCGUGUGUGUGUGUGAGCGUGUAUUUUUUGUCCCGCAUGAAAAAAAAAAGCUAUAGACCUUAUAAAGGAGUAUGAAAAAUAAAACAGGAAGGUAUGAAUUUAUUGCAGCGCGUUGUUUAGCUCGUGAAUGUACCAUACGUCUGUAAAUACUCUUUGCCCUCAACUAAAAACUGCACUCUCCCGAA